AUGAAGACCGUGCUGACGGGACGGAGCGUGUUUUGCAUUAUGCCCACAGGCGGAGGCAAGAGUUUGUGCUACCAGCUGCCCGCUCUCCUCCUCCCGGGAAUCACCGUCGUCGUCUCGCCUUUGAUUUCGCUCGUCCAGGACCAGAUUCGCGGGCUGCAAGAAGUCGGCGUGGAGGUGGGCGCGAUGACGGGCAGCAGUGGCGGCGAGGUCCCGUCCGCUCUGUGGAAUUCGGUGCGAACACGGCAGUUUCCUCGGCUGAAGCUGGUGUACACGACCCCAGAGAAGCUGAACAAGAGCGAGAGCAUGAAGAACUUGCUGCGUGCGCUGAGCUCGCUGGGCUUUCUGUCUCUGUUCGUGAUUGACGAGGUCCACUGCAUGAGUCAGUGGGGCCACGACUUCCGUGUGGACUACAAAGAGCUCGGGAAGGUGCGGUUUGAGUUCUUCCAGAACGUGCCGCUGAUGGCGUUCACGGCAACGGCGACGGUGACGGUAAAGAACGACAUUUUGAAGCUGCUCCUGGUGAACGGGAAGGAGAUCUUGGUGUUCCAGAAGUCGUUUAAUCGGCCGGAGCUCCGCUACGAGGUCCGAUCGAAGAAGAACCAUCGGCAGUUUAUCAGCGAUGUGAGCGCGUACAUUCUCUCGAAGCAGCUGAACAACACGGGGAUCAUUUACUGCGGAACGCAGAUGGCGUGCGAGAAGGUUUGCAAAGACCUGCAAGAAGCGAUGAAGAACGAGGGAUAUGAGAGAAAGAUCGGGUUUUACCACGCGGGAUUGGAGCCGAUGGAGCGGGAGCGGAUUCAGCGAGAGUGGAGCGAGGACCAGCUAAAGAUCAUCGUGGCGACGGUGGCUUUUGGGAUGGGGAUCAACAAGACUGAUUGUCGCUGCUGCCAGAUUCUUAAGUACUUCUCCGAGGUCUUCAAUCGCGAUUUCUGCGGCGUUCCGAUGCACCAGCUCUGCGACAACUACUCGCAGCCCUGCGAUUACGAAGUAGUCGACAUUAUGCACAUUACCAUCGUGCUGGUCCGCCUCCGUUUCCCCUUUUCUCUCGCUAUGAAAGGUAGUGUCCGAAUGCAAAGCGCCGCUGACGACCAACAUGCUGAUUUCAGCCGCUCGCGGACUGCACAGCGGUCUGAAGCCGCACGUGCUCGCGUUUGUGCGGUCUUCAAUCGUAUUACAAAUCAUCUUCGAGGAGAGCGGAUGGAAAUCGAUUCAUAUGAGAGUAGGGAGUUGAUUAAUUUGGAGAAUUCAACGAGAAGCGAGAACGAGAAAGAUAAAGAAGUGUGCAUUGAGAAAUAA